CCUGAUCACAUCCCCUCCCUCUCCGCACACCUCCCUCAUCCCAGAUCUAAGCCAUGGCCGUUGUAGGAGUCGACUUUGGUACUUUGCAUAGCAAGAUCGGUGUCGCAAGACAUCGUGGUAUCGACAUAAUCACCAAUGAAACCUCAAAUCGCCAAACACCUUCGUUGGUUGCUUUUGGCCCCAAGCAGCGCGCCUUAGGCGAAGCCGCGAAGACGCAAGAGACGUCAAACUUCAAAAACACCGUAGGCUCGCUCAAGCGCCUGAUUGGCCGGACGUUGAACGACCCCGAAGUGCAAGAAUACGAGAAGAAAUUCUUGAAUGCCAAGCUCGUCGAUGUGAAUGGCACGGUCGGUGUGCAGGUCAACUAUGUUGGCGAGCCGCACACGUUCUCAGCAACGCAACUCACCGCCAUGUACCUCAAUAAGCUCAAGGAUAUCGCGUCCGUGGAGCUCAAGACGGGCGUGUCCGACAUCGUCAUUGCCGUCCCCGGCUGGUUCACUGAGAUCCAGCGCCGGGCGAUGCUUGACGCGGCGGCGAUCGCGGGCCUUAACUGCCUUCGGCUGAUCAACGACUACGCCGCCGUCGCGCUCGGGUACGGUAUCACGAAGGCGGACCUGCCCGAGCCCGAGAAUCCGCGGCACGUCGUGUUCGUAGACGUCGGCCACUCGUCGCUCUCCGCCUCCGUCGUCGCCUUCUCCAAGGGCCAACUCGUCGUUAAGGGCACCGGCUUCGACGCCCACCUCGGCGGGCGCGAGAUCGACUACGCGCUCGUGCGCCACUUCUCGGAGGAGUUCAAGACCAAGUACAAGAUCGACGUCAUGUCGAAUCCGAAGGCGACGUUCCGCCUUCAGGCCUCGUGCGAGAAACUGAAGAAGAUCCUUUCCGCCAAUUCGGAAGCGCCGCUCAACGUCGAGUCGAUCAUGAACGACAUUGACGCCACCUCCAAGCUCACCCGGGAGGAGUACGAGGCGCUCAUCGGCGAGCUCCUCGACCGCAUCCCGGCCCCGAUCCAGGCCGCGCUCGACCAGGCCGGUCUCAAGCUCGACGACGUGCACUCGAUCGAGCUCAUCGGCGGCUCGACCCGCAUCCCCGCCGUGCGCGCCAAGAUCCAGAGCGUGUUCCCGGGAAAGACGCUCUCGACAACGCUCAACCAGGACGAGGCCGUCGCGCGCGGCGCCACGUUCUCGUGCGCGAUGCUCUCCCCCGUCUUCCGCGUGCGCGACUUUGCGAUCACCGACAUCGCGAACUACUCCGUCAAGAUCCAGUGGGAGAAGCAGCCCGGCGACCAGGACGAGGACACCGAGCUCACCGUCUUCGCGCGCGGGCAGACGAUCCCGAGCACGAAGGUGCUCACCUUCUACCGUAGUGGACCGUUCGACCUUCAGGCCGUCUACGCCGAGCCCGCAACCCUACCUGGAGGCAUCAACCCGUGGAUCGGUCAGUUCACGGCGAAGAACCUUGGCCCUGAGCCACCCAAGGACUCUGUCCCGGUUAAGGUCCGCGUGCGCUUGGACAACGAUGGCCUCGUCUCGUUCCAGAGCGCGUACCUUGAGGAGCGCACGGAGGUCGAGGAGACGCCGAUGGAGGUCGACGGCGAGGGCAACCAGCAGCCGCCGAAGAAGAAGACGAAGGUGACGAAGAAGGACAUCCCCAUCGUCUCCCAGAACUCGUCGCUGGACAAGAGUAUCCUCGACAGCCUAAGGGAGCUCGAGGGUCAGAUGCACGAAGCCGACAAGCUCGUCAAGGACACUGAGGAUUGCAAGAACGCGCUCGAGGAGUACAUCUAUGACACCCGCAGCAAGCUCGACGACCGGUACGCCGCCUACGUGCAGCCGCAGGAGAAGGAGGCAAUCCUCCCCGCCCUCACUGAGGCCGAGGACUGGCUGUACAGUGAGGAGGGUGAGGACGCGACCAAGUCGGUCUACGUCGAGCGCCUCAACAAGCUCAAGGCGCUCGGCGACCCCGUCGCGGCUCGCUAUCGUGAGGCCGAGGCGCGCCCGUCCGCGAUCAGCGCGCUCCGAGACACGAUCAACACCUACAUGAACCAAGCCUCGUCCGGCGAUGAAAAGUUCUCGCACAUCGAGGAGAAGCACAAGCAGACGGUGAUCGAGAAGUGUGCGACGGUGCAGAAGUGGCUCGAGGACAACAUCGUCCGCCAGUCGGAGAGGCCGAAGAACGUGAACCCCGUCCUGACAGCAGCAGAGAUCUCGAAGAAGCGCGACGAGGUCAUCAACGUCGCCAUCCCCAUUCUCACCAAGCCCAAGCCCAAGCCAAAGGUUGAGCCGACGACCGGUACCGAGACGCCCAAGCAGCCUGAACCAGAGGCGAAGCAGGAGGCGCCCAAGAACGACGGCCCGUCGGAGAUGGACAUCGACUAAGCUUCGGGUUGUCUCCACACACCUUACUCUCCUCUUGAUGACGUGACGUGGUUCGUGUUAGAGUAGAUUCAGCUGUAGAAACACCCGAUCUUCCUCUCGCUCUCAAUGGACCGAGGAACAAACAUACAACUUGUACAGCAUAAUGCAUAUAUUUUUGUUUGCUCAGCAUGGUAUCAAACACUGCCUCGUACAUACAGGGUGCCGUUGUUACAGAACCAACAAUUUGGGAGGAGGGACAUGAAGGCACUUGUAUAACCAAAAAAUCCGAUCACAAGAUGGUUCUGUCGUACAUUGAUCGCAGGCAAGAUAGGUCAAGAUUGUUGUUCAACGGGACGAUGGAGGAGGGUAUCUCCGAUCAUCUCUUAAAGGCGGGCGGUCAUAGGUAUCCCGACCAUACACCGGUGGUGGCAGCGGCGAACGCGGGCGCACCACGUCAGGACGCCGAUCAUAAGUCGAAGAAGUGCUGUAUCCCGCUCUGUCCACGGGCCCAUCUCGAGCAGGAGGCGGGUAGUCCCUCGAGUCCCGCGGGCCGGGCACGUACGGUGCGGGCGGCCGAUCGUAGUACCCGCCAAGGGGAGAGGCCGCUCUGCGGGGCGGCGGCGGAGGGUAGGACGCCGAGAGCGGGACGGAGUCGCGGCGCGGAGGCGGGUAGUACGGAUCCGGGUAUGGGUCGUCGCGCAUGCGCUUGGCGGGCGGGCGGAGGUCGUCCGCCGAGGGCGUGCGGCGGAGAGGACUUGGGCUGCGCGGACGCACGCGCGAGUAUGCUGGCGGGGGAGGUGGCGCGGGAUCGGGAUAGCGCCGCGGCUCGAGGUCGCGCGGAGGGUAUGAGCCGCGUGCGCGGUCGUCCGCCGGGUAAGGGUCCGCCAGGCGCGAGGCCAUCGGGUACGCGGCACCGUCAUAGGAUCGGUGCGAGGGCACGGGUGACGCCGCGCGCCGGUCGUGUUCUUCUUUCGUCUCCCAUCCGUUGCUGAGCCGGUGCGCGUCGCGGGAGUAGUAUCGCGGCUCCCUGUCGGGAAGCGCAGCUGGCGGAGGAGGAGGCCGGUCGCGAUCCCAGUUGUCACGCGCGUCCCACGUCCUUCCUCGAGGUGGAGGAUCCGCCCUGAAAGGCGGCUUGUCGUCGUAGUAAUCCCGUCGGGCGUCGUAACGCGGGUCGGCGGAGGCGGGGGGAUACGCAACGUCGGCGGGGCGAUCGUAGAGCCUUGGGGUGGGGUCUCUCCCGCGGUCGUCGAUGGGAGGGCGCGAAGCGGGAAGGGGCGGCUCCGGACCUCUCCGCAGGGGUCGAUCGACGUCCAUGUCGUCUGGCCUCCUGUCAUCGUACGGGCGAGGAGGAGGAGGGCGAUAGUUCCGGUCCAGGUCAUCCCGUGGGUCGCGCGAGUACCUGUAGUCGCCCGGGCGGGAAACAGGUGAAAGGGGCAGCUUCGGCGGGAAGGGGCGAUGGUCCUCGCGCGCUAGCGACGCGGCGCGUGGCGGCAGUCCCGAACCACCACCAUAGCUGGCGCCUUCGGGAGGGAGCGCACGUCCGUGAGCAGGGGGCGGCGUGCGGUACCCGUCCCGUCGAACACGCUCGUCCAGAGAGGAACGCGGCGGAGAGUGGCGACGCGCUGCUUCGGCCAACAGCUUGCUCGGCGAAUCGUCGAUCGGCUCGAUUUUCGGGCGUCGGUCUGGCAGCGGCGCAGUCUGCCGUGGCGGCUGAGCAUCACGAGGAGGAGGAGGCGGUUGCGCCGGGCCAGGCCGCGUGGGCCUUUCGUUCGCGUCUGGAGGCUUUGGGUUGGAAAGACGGUCCAGAAGUGGUGGGCCUGUCGGGCGAGGAGGUCCAGGGUUGCUGAGACGGUCUUGAAGAGGUGUGGUAGACGACGCAGAAGCCGGUAUUGGGGGACGUAGGCGGUCACCUAGUGGACGAGGCUGGUUGCGGGGAGGAGACGGUGCGCGCGGAGGAGGCUGGGUCGAUCUAGGCUCCAAAACAGGAGGGGCCCGGGAGUCGUUCGCGGAAAUGUUACCUGAUGUUUGGCGAGACGGAGGCCCGCGAUCAUCCACGGGAGCAGAAGCAGGCGGAGGUCGACGGUCAUCCAGAGCUGUAGCAGAACCAGGCACGGGUCGGCGAUCAUCGAAAGAGUUAGAGACAGACAACUGGCGGCGUUCCGGCGGAGGUGGGAGAGGGCCACGCGCAGAACCUUUUGGAGACGGCGGCACCGGCGCGCGCUCACGUUCACGUUCACGAUCGAUGGGCAGCUGUCGGGGGCUAGCAGGGAGCGGGCCACGACCUCUAGUGUCUCUGUCAACCUCAUGUUUUCCUGGGGAAGGCGGGACGCGACGAUCAUCCACGUUCGAGUCAAUUCUUGGCCGAGACACAUCCCUAUCCGCCCCGAAAGGCGGGCGAGCAUCGAGCGAAGCGCGAGAACGAGAAUCUGGAGGAGGCAUACCGCGAUCAUCCCUUGGAUCCUGAGGGCGAGACGUUCCUGAUCCCUGGGGCGGAGGUAGCGGAGCCCGGUAGUCCCUAUCGCGAUCAUUCACGCUCGUGUUGGUACUUGCAGAGAGUGGCCUACUGGACGAGGCAGACGACAGUGGAGUAGGAUCCGCACGCCUGUCGGGUGCAGAGGGCGGGUAUGGAUCACGUCUGUCCACGUUCAUGAGGUCGUCUUGCGAUCUACUAGGCUCCAAACGCCGUGCGAGCGGCGGCGGGGGCGGGCGGCGCGAUCGAUCGUCGGCGCGUUCCCAAGGCGCGUCUUUGUCGUGAUAGUAUAUCCCUCGGUCUUUGUCUCUGUCCAGAUCACGUUCUCUCUCAAAUGUGCUUGACCGCGGAACAUCGCGCGGGUCUGUGAGACGAGCAGCCGGUUCAGGUCCGGAUGCGCCUCGGGGAGGAUCAAAGCGCCCGCGACGGUCGUCCACAGGAGGAAGCGGCCCAGGUCGAUCGCCAGCGGACGACCAAGCCGAGUCUCUGCCAUCGCGCGAAAAGCGGGAGGGCUCAUCUCUCUCCCUGUCCCGGUCCCUAUCCUUGUCUUGAUCUCUGUCUCGAGCGUCUAGCUUUGAGGGGCUAUUACCAGGUCCGGGGCGACGCAGCGUUGGAGAGGACAUGGUCAUAUCAGUAGCAGGUCUGUCACGGUCACGGUCACGGUCAGCGUCAGGACGAGAGCCGGUUGAGUCAAAGGUGGGCCUAGUGCGGCCCCCUGACGGUGCCUGGCUAGCAGUGGAGCCAGUGCGAGAUCUUUGAAAAGGAAGAGGGUCACGAGCAGAGGAAGAAGUAGAGGAGCCAUAAGGAGUGCCGGCGGGGUCGGUCAAGCUGCCGUUGCGGGAGAGAGGCUGUUGUUGUUGCUGUUGACCAGAGCAAUUCAAUUUUUCCUGGGCAUCAGAACGCCGUCUUGGAGUGGCCUGUGAGUCAUUGUUCGAGGUCACCGAGCCAGUCGAGUUCUGAGGUGCAAGCUUUCGAGUACCAGAAACGUCUUUAGCAUCCUUGUCAUCUCCAGGUCCGGAACGACGGCCGCCAUCUGACGAAGUGAUAGAGACAGUUGACGCAAGGGAGCCUUCCGGACGCAGAGGAGCACGACGGAAAUGCGAGGCGCCACCGUUGUUGUUCCCGUUCCCGUUGCUGGCACCCGUAUGCAUCGAGGAAGAAAGCGGUCUGUCCCUAUCGUCAGGUAUCUGUUCGGGGUGGGGUGGUACGUGAGCCGCUCCUGGGAUAGACGCUGACGGAGGCUUGCGCGGCCCCAGCCAGACGCCCGCGAGGUGAUCAGGCUGCGGUACGGGUUGAAAGAACUCGUGUUGGCCGUUCUUGAUGACCGCCUUGAGAUUCUCGAGCCUUUCCAGGUCGUUCAUUUGCU